AUGGGUUGUUGUUACUCAAGCAUAGAGAGAGAAGAGAUGGUGUCAAGAUGCAAAGCAAGGAAGAGAUACAUGAAACAAGUUGUGAAAGCAAGACAAUCUCUUUCUGCUUCACAUGCAAUGUACAUCCGUUCACUUCGUAGUACUGGAUCAGCCCUCCUUCAGUUCUCCAACACCGAAACCGACCUCCACCUCCACCACCGCCGCCGCCUAUCACCCAUCCACCCCUCACCACCACUACUGCCACUCACCCCACCACCACCUCCACCACCUCCAAUGAGCCCAAGUUCAGACACUUGUACAACAACCACCACCACAACCGCCGCCUCUCCACUUCUUCCACCUCCUCCGCCGCCUCCACCAGUGUCGGCGUCGAGUUGGGAUUUCUGGGACCCCUUUGUCCCUCCUCCGCCGAGGUCAGUGGAGGAGGAAGAGGAGGAGUGGGAGGACGCGACCACCACCACGGCAUCGGAGAUGUUGGCGGUUGCGCCACCUUCGAUGGUUAGUGGGUUUUCUAAAGAGACUGCUAGUGGAAGUGGAAGUGAGCUUGCUAUGGUCGUUUCAAGAAAUAGUAAAGAUUUAGUGGAGAUUAUUAAAGAAGUUGAUGAAUAUUUUCUUAAAGCUGCUGAUGCUGGUGGCCAACUUUCUUGUGUUUUAGAAGUUUCAAGCUUGUCACCAAGUCAAAGCAAAGGAGGUAAAGUCUAUAAUUAUGGAUGCAAUUUGACUAGCACAUCAUUGUGGUCAUGGGGUUCAAGUCCAAAACUUGGGUUUGGAAAGAUCGGUGAGGAAAUGGAGGUUAGUCAUGUAGGAAAUGGGGGUGUUGCUCAUGUUAGCCAUUGUUCGACUGUGGAAAGACUGUAUGCUUGGGAGAAGAAGCUAUUCAUGGAGGUCAAGAAUGCUGAGAAUUUUAAAAUUGAGCAUGAGAAGAAGGUUGCAUUGCUGAGGAAGCUAGAGGCGAAGAGAGCUGACUAUGUAAAGACAGAGAAGACCAAGAAAGAAGUAGAGAAGCUGGAGUCACAAAUGAUGGUUGCUGCUCAGGGCAUUGAGACUACCUCUGCUGAAAUCAUCAAAUUAAGGGAGACGGAGCUUUACCCUCAACUCCUUGAGCUUGUAAAAGGAUUGAUGUGCAUGUGGAGAACCAUGUACGAGUUGCACCAGGUCCAGACACACAUUGUUCAGCAGCUCAAAUACCACAACACAAUCCCAUCUCCUGAGCCGUCGUCGGAGAUUCAUAGGCAGUCGACGCUCCAGCUUGAGCUUGAGGUCCAGCAAUGGCACCAAUCAUUCUGCAAUGUAGUCAAGGCGCAGCGGGACUACAUUCAGUCCCUCACAGGCUGGCUUCGGCUUAGCCUUUUUCAUUUAAGCAAAGACCCAAUUUCAAGAACAAGUCAGGAAUCAAGAAUUUACUCCCUUUGCGAAGAAUGGCACCAUGCAAUCGAUAGAAUUCCUGACAAAGUGGCAUCCGAAGGUAUCAAGAGCUUCUUAACAGUAAUUCACGCUAUUGUAGUUCAACAAGCAGAAGAGCAUAAGCAAAAGAAGAAGUCAGAAUCUGCAUUCAAGGAGUUUGAAAAGAAGGCUGCUGAGCUUAGAUCUUUGGAGAGCAAGUAUGGCCCGUACUCAAUGCUUGAAACUUCAAGCACUACGAGAAACAAAGACCCAGUUACAGAGAAACGAGCAAAGGUUGAGAUCUUGCGGGCAAAGGCAGAGGAAGAAAAGAGUAAGCAUGAAAAGUCGAUUAGUGUAACAAGGUCAAUGACAAUGAACAAUCUCCAGAUGGGAUUUCCACAUGUUUUUCAGGCAAUGGUGGGGUUUUCGAGUGUGUGUAUGAGUGCUUUUGAAUCGGUAUACAACCAAGCCAAGAAUGCUGACCAGGAGGAGCAUGAUGUGAAGAGGCUAUUACCCUGA